CAAGUCCGCUCGGUGUUACAAAAGGAAAAUACAAGCUAAGUGGACGAGGUUCCAGGUUGAAGCUUAGAACCCUAACUGAGAAAGUUAUCGCACGAAGCCAAAUCGACAAAUUCAGUAAUGGAGCAAAACGAUUUCGAUCGCCUCCUCUUCUUCGAGCACGCUCGCAAGACUGCCGAAGCUACCUAUGCUAAAGAUCCUCUCGAUGCUGAUAACUUGACGAGAUGGGGAGGUGCAUUGUUGGAAUUGUCACAGUUCCAGCCUGUCGCGGAAUCAAAGAAGAUGAUUUCUGAUGCUAUCUCAAAAUUGGAGGAGGCUUUGGAGGUUAAUCCACAGAAGCAUGAUGCCAUUUGGUGUUUGGGGAAUGCACAUACGUCCCAUGCAUUUCUAACUCCUGAUGAAGAUGAAGCUAAGAUUUACUUUGACAAAUCAGCUCAGUGCUUCCAGCAGGCUGUUGAUGCGGAUCCAACCAAUGAGCUUUAUCGGAAAUCUUUAGAAGUUGCUUCUAAGGCUCCAGAGUUGCACGCGGAGAUUCACAAACAAGGUGCCAUGCAACAAGCUAUGGGUCCAGGACCUUCGACAUCAACAAGUACAAAGGGUUCAAAGAAGAAAAAGAGCAGUGAUCUGAAGUAUGACAUUUUUGGAUGGGUAAUACUUGCUGUUGGAAUUGUUGCGUGGGUUGGUUUUGCAAAAUCUAAUGUGCCUCCUCCUCCUCCUCCAAGAUAAGGCUGCGAUACAGUCUUACAGGCUAAAUACAUGGGAGUAUUUUCUUGCAUGAGCAGGGCUUCUGGCAAUUCAUGCUUGCCAUAUAGCUAGGAUUUACAUGUAAUAGAUUUUGAAUAAGAGAUUUUUUUUUUGUUUCGAUUCACAUCAUAAUUCUAAUGAGGUUCUCCAUUGUCUUCAUAUUAUUUAGUACAAUUUUCAUAAAAUUGUGCCCUGUGGUUCGCUGGUUGACUUUUACUAUUUGCCAUUCUGAAUUAUUGUUUGA